AUGCUGAGUAGCUGGACAGUUAGUCUGUUGGAGGCCUCUUUUUUCAUUCAUAAUGAUGAUGACGAAGACGAUGACGAUGACGAUGACAAUGACGAGGAC